AUAAAAUACAAAAAGAACAAAUAAGUGAGUGGCAUCAUCAGUUUACUCUCUCUCUCUCUUUUGAAGAUCAUGCGCUGUGCAUAUAUAGAUUGUGAAAAAUAAACAAAACUUUCUGUGUCUACUUUUUAUUUCGAUGAAUAUUCGGCAUUAUGCUUGUUUGAUUUUGAGAACUUUCAACACAUAAGUUAAAUAUUUAGGCCAACCAUGAUCUCGUUGUGACCAAGGUUGUUUCACUUUAAGUAAAUUAGAGGGAGAGAAAUAUCCUCAUAACAUGAAUAUUAAAAGUACGUCAUAAGUUCUCAUUUAUUGAAGAGUUCAUAUAUAAAGCUGAGUUAUCAAUAUUUUCAGUCUAUUUUCAGUUCGAUUUUCCGGUGAGCCUUUGUCGGUUUUUGUACGGGGUGCGUGCAUGGUACUGACUAGGCCUAUCCUAUGAGUUUCCAACAAAUAAAAAAGAAAAAGAGAGGUCUAGCUGAGUCGUGAAGUUAACCUGACAUGAAAACGAGAAGUUCUGAAAAUCGCCACUUUUUCAUGAAAAUGAUGCAGAGGGCCUAUCAAAUAAAAAAAGUGUCAGCGCGAAGGCGAAGAGAAGCUAAAAUAUUGUUUAGGCCUAUUGUUUGAGAAAAGGAUAAUUAUAAGGAAAUACUGUAGGUAUUCGUGAAUAGGAGGCCUCUCCUCCCCCUCUGAUCUCCCCCCCCCCCCCUUUCCCACUCUAUGCGAGUUUCCCCCCUCUUUGUGCAUCGAGAGCUCAUUUGCGUGCCGAGCCGCUUCCGGGUAAUCGGGGAGUUUCCCUAUAAAUAUAUGCCGAGCUGAGUCGUUUCGGCAGAACUACAGCAACCGAAAUAAUGCAGCUUCAGAUUCAUUGUCAUUCGGAAAUCGGCUCCAAUACAACAGCUUAUGAAUUGGGCAUACGAUUAUGCCAUGAAUUGCCGUACUUUGAAUGGGUUGAUGGCAAAUUUUCAUAUCAGCUCGGGUCUGUAAAAAAUAAAUGCAUUCUCAUCUGACUUUGGCAUCUAGCAUCUCGACACAGCUCAUCCCCACCCAUUCACGUUUCUGGAUGUUGCCCCCGUAACUUUAGAUCUAUGUAGUCGUGCGCCCUCAGCUCAGCACGACAUUUGUUGACUGAGUUCCACGACUGAUGAGGAUGCAGGAUGAUGAUGACAUUGACUACAGAAACCUCCUUGCUGCAAGCUCAGAAGAAGAUCUUGUUUUGUUUGAGAAAGAUCUAUGGACAGGUGGCAGUUCGUCUUUAACUUCGGCAAAGACUCCUGGUGCAAAGAGUAAACAAUCGCAAAGCCCCUUCACUUGGUCAGAUAAAUUGGUAUCAAAUGUGAAGUCGCUGUUUCAAAGCCGGAAUGAGAGACACUUCCUGUCAGAACCCAAGUCUGAGAGGGUUGCGGACAAUGACACGGUUGCAGGUGAGCUAAAUGCAAAGCCUCUAACCAAGCUCGGCCUCGGAACCAGUGACAGUUUGGAAGAUGGAGUUGCAAAACGGGAAGUGAAUGAUGAUGGACUCUGGUCUAAUCAUCGAGCUGUAAUUGGAAGACUUUGGUCUAGUGCCAAGCCUGGGAGUAAGCCUAACAUUUUUAACAAUGGUGACUGCAUAAGGAUUACAUCCCUUGUGUCAAUAGAAGGUGACACAGCAGAUCUUUCUGGUGAUAAUGGUACUGGUAGUGGCUAUUGUGGCACAGAGUUAGGGGCUGCAGUGUGCAGCAGGGACCAAAGUCUGCUUCACUCCAAGAGUGAAAGUUGGUCCACUCCGCGAUCAUGCAGCACAGAUGACGGCAACAUAUUGGAUAGCAGCAAGGAUUAUAAUAAUAUUAAUAGUUUAGAGUGCAAUGAAGAUGUAGCAGACAUGCCUGGGAAGUAUUAUUCAGCAGUGGACGGUCAGGUGGAUGAGGUAGGAGAGAGUGAGGCAGACCCUCUGUUCGGAGGAAACAGAAAAUCUUCCGAUGUUUAUUACAAAGGUGGAGCUACAUCAUGGAGACGAAGGCUCUUGGCAUGUAUGCUGGUCAUUCUCAUUCUCAGUGGAGCAAUAGCAUGUGGAGUAGCUCUCGGUGUGAUAUACGGUAGAGACGACAGUGAACCAAGUACCAGGACUGGCUAUGUCUAUAGAGACGCUGCAGUUGCUGCUGAUGCAGCACGUUGCUCGGAGAUUGGGAGGGAUAUGCUUUUGAAUAAAGGAAGUGCCAUGGAUGCAGCCAUCGCUGGAUUGCUAUGCGUGGGACUGUAUAAUGCUCACAGUGCGGGUAUAGGAGGAGGAAGCUUCAUAAUGUACUAUGACAGAGAAAACAAGACGCCAUACUUUUUAGAUUCCAGAGAAGUAGCUCCCAUUCUUGCGUCUACAGACAUGUAUACAAACAAAAGCUCUGAUGCUUCGACUACUGGUGGUCUUGCUAUCGCAGUCCCAGGUGAGAUAAUGGGAUACUGGGAGGCUCAUCAAAGGUUCGGUAGGCUUCCAUGGGGAGACCUCUUCAAACCAUCCAUAGAACUUGCUGAGAACGGUUUUACUGUUGGCCCAGCCCUAGCAAGAGCCAUUAACCAAAAUAGUGAUCUUAUCAUGAAUGAUCCUAGCUUGAGGGAAGUAAUGUUAGAUGAAAAUGGGAACCUUCUAAAGGAGAAUGGGACCAUGUAUAGGCGAAAGCUGGCCCAAACCAUGCGUACACUGGCUGCAGAGGGUGCUGUUGCAUUCUAUAACGGAUCACUGUCUGUUACCAUAGCAAGAGAGAUAGAAGAAAGAGGUGGAAUCGUGAGUGUAGACGAUCUUGCUCAAUACCAGGUGGCAGUCAAAACUCCUCUAGAUAUAGAAAUUAGCGGUCACAGAACUUAUACCUGUCCCCCUCCUUGCAGCGGUGCUGUGUUUUCCUUCAUAAUGAAUAUAUUAGAAGGGUAUGAUUUCACCCCAGAAAGUCUACAAUCCAUUGGAGAUGAGACUCUUACCUACCACCGAAUCAUUGAGGCGUUCAAGUUUGCCUAUGCCAAGAGGAGUGCCUUGGGGGAUGAAGACUUCGUAGAUGUUGCAGACCUUGUAGUAAAUCUGACAUCCCAAGAUUAUGCAGAUAGUAUACGUGCCAGGAUAACUGAUGAUCGCACUCACGAUACAGAUUAUUACGAUCCGUCGUUCAAAAUCGUAGAAGAUGGCGGUACCUCUCAUAUUUCAGUCGUGGAUCAGUUUGGAAAUGCUGCUUCAAUUACCAGUACUAUAAAUACAUAUUUUGGCUCCAAGGUGCGAGGAAACACUACAGGGAUAAUCUAUAACAAUGAGAUGGAUGACUUUUCCAAGCCCGGAGCUGCCAACUUUUACGGAGUGCCACCGUCCCCGUCAAACUUCAUCAUUCCUGGAAAGCGCCCUCUUUCUUCAAUGACGCCAGUAAUCAUGGUUGAUGGGGAGGGAGAUGUUCAAUUGGUUGUGGGAGCAUCUGGAGGAACCAGAAUCACCACAGCAACCAGUCUGGUUACCAUGGAAACACUCUGGUUUGGCUCAAGUCUUGAAGAUGGCGUCGAGAGGAGACGUAUUCACAAUCAGCUAAUUCCCAAUGCCACCCGAUACGAAGUAGGAUUCCCUCAGGAAGUUGUAGAUGGUCUGGUCUUGAAAGGGCAGGAUGUGGAGGAGAAUUCAGGCAUAGCUGUUGUCCAGGUGAUCCAUCGUCUGGAGGAUCAGUGGUUGGGUGCUUACUGUGAUAGCAGGAAAGAUGGCAGACCUUCUGGAUUCUAAAUCUGGACCUCAGGAUGGGGGGGGGGGGCACUUCCAUCGACAAGUGGAUAUCGUGCAUAUCUCACGAAACGCGUAUGAUAAAUGGUAUCUAUUUUGAGAUACGGCAUGUUACGUUUGGAACGUAGUAUGGGUGUCAAAAACAUUAAAAUGCUGAAAAAAGGGUAAAUAUUUUCGUAUGUCAAUUACAUGAUUAGGGUCUGAUUUGCAAUGGUGAAAAAAGACUAUAAUGUGAUUUUUAAAAAGGAUGCAAAUUUUGCGCCAGUAUAAUGUGUUGAGGGUCCGAUCUUCACCUGAGCCGAUUUUACAAGUGAUGUACUGUAUCCCAAUACUCCUUGCAAGAUGUCUACAAUUAUAAGGGGGAAACCUUGUUAAGGGUUACAUGUAUGUUUCGUUCCCAUUAAAAGUGGGUUCUGGAGCUGAUACUUGGUUACUUGUUUGUAAGGGCAGGGUUUUAUAUCCAAUACUUGUUAAGGGUAGGGUAUUACCCGACCCUUCUUGUUGAGGGGUGCAUUUUCAGAGUUUAGAAAAUAUGUGUGUAGGGCCGUGCCUUUUUAAACCCCCAAGGAGACGCAUGAUAUCCGCUGGUCAAUGGAAGUGCCCCCCCCCCCCCCCCCUGCGACCUCACCCUGGGAUAUGGACAGGAUCUGGCAUCCCAUUUCUUGAAUACUAUGAUAAUGGUAACUUAAAAUGGAACUACCAUGGGAACCUCGAUUUCAAUUAGCAUCAGAGCCUUUGUACCAUGGUAUUAUCAUAAUGGCAAAUGAUCAUUAUCAUAAUCAUGAGUUCUUUCUGAAACAGACCCCAGGGUCCAUGUCUUACAAACGUAUUUGAUGGUCCCAUUCAAUCUUAAGUAUGGAAAGCCACCUACGUCUUAAUUCUCUAUAAAAAGUACAUUGCGGUGUAUACACUGUCCCUUCAAUAAAAUACAAAAACCAAAGAGAGAUUACUUUGGAAAAGGGUAUGCAUUUCACAUGAUGAUGUUGCUGGCUUUCCAUAGUCAAUAUUGAUUGGAUCAAUCCCAUUUCUUGUAAAAUGGGGGCUAGACUGUGUAUGAAUCUAGGGUAGUUCAGUAAAAUUUACACCCUCACAUAGGGCCUACUUGUUUAUGUCAGGGCUCUCUUUGGGGGCAAUUUAAGUUUUUUUUAAAUAAUAAAAUAAAAAAAUAGUGUGCCCAGCCACAUUUUCUUUUUACUUCACAACUUCAUCAAAUACUUAAAUCACAAGAAUGUAAGGGAAUUACACCUUUUCAUAUUAGCUAUAAGCAAAAUACAAAUCAUGUAAGGAAAGUCUACUGCGGGAUGGAGUCAUGUAAAUUAUGAAAUUACCCUUGGUCGUUCAAAUUAUGCCAUUUUAGAAGCUUACAUACCGGAAGCUUGUCACCUAUUCAUUGAUAGCAAAUUUUAAUGGAAUGUGGUCCUGGGGUCAUUUCAUAAAGCUGUUUGUAAGUUAAGAGCGACUUUAAGAAUGACUGGUUUCCUUUCUUACGCGCUAAACCAUCGCCAAUGAACAUUUUGGUAUAUACCAUUUACCACAAGAAAUGAUCACCAGUCGUUCUUAAAGUCGCUCUUAACUUACGAACAGCUUUAUGAAACACCAACCUCGAAUGUAGUAUAGCAAAAUAGUUAGCGCUUUCAUGUAGAAAACUGUAUCUCAAUAUUUGUGUAUUCAUGCAGUAUUCAGUUUUGAUUUUUUUCUGUAAUAGGCCUUAUGCACUACAUCAUCCAUCUCAGAGGCUGAAGGCUUUGCAUCUCUGUUUACACAUAUUCCUAUAUCCUCUGAGUGAGGGCGCUAUGAGGUUAUGAGGUCAUAUGCAUGAGGUCUAUAACAAGGAGAUUUGGGAAAUACAAGCUCUAUAAUGCACAACAGAACAGGCUUGAGAAGGGGGGGGGGGCAGGAUGGGCACCCCCAAUUUUCAGGGUAAUGUCUGAAUUUGUACCUAUUCUCUUUGAGUUCCUUGGGUACCUAAACAUGAUUUUUGUCUGUUCUGCAAGUUUGUCUAAUUCUAAACUUAACAGAACAUUGCAAUGCACAUUCCUCAUUCAUCUGGUAUUGAAGAAAUUGUUUUCUACUUUUCUACUCACCUAUGUUUUGGGUGCCUGAAUCAAGUCAGUCAAUUCCGAAAAGUUAUGAAUAUAUAUCUAUACACAUGUACAUAUAUAGUGUUUUUUCAUGUAUAUCGUUAGAUUUAUUUAUCAAACUGUAUUCUAUCUAGCGAAGGGCAUUUAUAUGCUACAGAAUUUUGUUUUUAUACUGCAAUGCAAUCUAUUCUGCCAAAGUUUGUUGAAUGGGUAAUUCAUCUGUGUAAAACAUUCCUUUGAUUGGUGAAAUCUCUUUAAAUUAACUUGACUCUUCAAUUCUUCUAGGAUGCAAUAUACAAGUAUAAUUAUAUGUUUUGAUUACUUACACAUCACUCAUCACUUGCAAGAUGAGGGCUAAUGUCUCUCUUGAAAAGUGAAAUUUUGAUUCAUUGGAGUAUUUUACAUUGUGAUAAUAUCGCUUUUACACAACACAAAAAUGAUGUUUCUGGUGUGAAGGUGCGCUUGGCAGUCAUAUUUUGUAACAAUGAAUUUUCAUAGACUUGCUUAUUUGUAGUUAGAUUUGAGAGAAAUGUGAUUUAAAAUACCAAGAAAGAUUUUUAAAAUGUUAGAAACAAAUUUGUCCUGUGAUGUCAUGAAAUUAAGCUGCAAUAUUUGCUACCUCGUGAUUAAAAAAAAAAAAAUUAUGGGGCACUGUGUUACAAAGCGCUCUGAUUAAUUCAAUCAAUCUCAAUUAUGGAAAGCCAGUAACGCCAUAAUUUAGAAUGUAUAUGAAUGUGUUCUUUUAGAUUGUUCUCUGAAGCAGGCAGCACACUUGUGUGUGCUUCAUGAUUGCUUUCACUACUAAUGCAUGCUCUUUUCCAUUUUCAAUUGGCAGAACUUAUGCAAUGGUGUAAAAAUAUGUUGUUGGUGGCUUUUCAUAGUAGUGAGGGAUUAGAUUGAUCAUAAUUCCUUGUAGAUUCGGUCCUGGGCCCCAUCUUACAAAGAGUUACGAUUGAUCCAAUCAAAUAGUAACCCUAUGGAAAUCCAUCAGUGUCAUAAUUUUAUCUACAGGAAAUUUGCAAAAUGUCCUUUGUAAAUAAAGGAAAACACACCAAAUUGUCAAGAAAUCAAUGACUUUAUGGAUAUACAUUCAUAUCUAGAAUUUUUUUCUAACAAACAUGCAUUUCAUAUGUUGAUUUUGCUGGCUUUCCAUAGUUACGAUUGAUCGGAUCAGUCGUAACUCUUUGUACAACGGGGCCCUGAUGUAUAUUGACAUUUGAAUGAGGGGAUGAUGCAAUUACAAGAUUGUGGUACUGGUAUAAGUAGCGUUUGGGAUGUCUUAUCUGUGUGUUUAUUACAAUGUUAAUAGUAUAUUGUGUGUCUGUUUGUCAUGAAUGUUAGGUCAUGUUGAGUAAAAUUACUGUGUCCUAAAUGUUAUUUGACCAAAAAUAGUCAUAUGGAUUUUUAUAAACUACGUUUUUAGGCUUUUUCUAUAAAUUUGUAUAUUAUUUCAAGAUGAUUUUUGUGUGAUCAGAUAAAUAUAAAUGCAGCAAACAAAUUAGCCCUACUUGUAGCAUUCUUUGAUUAAAAUGGGGCAAAUUGCAAGUAUUUGACUCUACAUGUUAAUGAGAAUUGUGAAACACUUUGUCUUUGAAAAGCUUUAAUAAAUGUCGGGUAGAAAACAUA